ACGUCUAUAGAAGGCAUUGACAAGACAGUGAAGAUCGGCACGUUGUGCUCCUAUCUUUCUCCACUGCCAUUAUAAUGUGGACCUCACUAUAAUAUAGAGAAGGCGGUAGAAAAGAAAAGUAACAGUCUUGAUUUUGUAUCAAAUGAGCAAGCAAUGACAAAUACUAUGGCAAUCAUGAAUCGCAUUGUCUUUUUCGCAGAUGGACUUACUGAUGACGGUGGAAGGCAUGAAAUUCUGUUUAAUACUGGCUGUCGAAUUACUGCACAUUUUCUGCUUCACCUACUGUGGCUCGAUGCUCAUUGAUGAGAGCUCUAACGUUCGCGAAAUGCUGUACAGUGUUCAUUGGUAUAGCUUCAACUCAAACCAGAAAAAGAUUCUCAACAUCUUCCAGGUGCAAACCGAAUGUUUAUGCUGUCUGCUUCUGGAAUUUAUAAUAUCAAUCUCAACAUGUUUCUACAGAUUAUGCAGACUGCUUACUCGGUUUUCAAUGUAUUUAGCAAAAUCAAAACUUGAGAGAAAAACAGCUGAAUAUUCAAACUUGAAGCAAUUAUGCUUAGUAUUGUCAACACAACAUCAUAAGAUUUUAUUUGUAUAA